GUCUCCAUCCUUUAUCACCACCCAGAGUCCUCCAUGACUUUCGGCCAUAUUUUAUAUCUCUUUCCCCAUCCUGACACCUCCUCCUCCGCCAUCACCUUCUAUCCUCCUCGUUCCUCCUCCAUCCUCCUACCUUGCAGCACAUAAAGCCACCCUCCCCCCAUCCUUUAGAACAGAGUCCUCCGCCAUGGUUCACAGUGUGGAUUCAUCUGGUGCCGGUCGCCUUCUAUCCUCCCUGUCCAGUCCGUACGUCCCUCUAGGGGUCCUCUACUUGGUCCAGGGUUUCCCAUAUGGCCUCCAGUCUGGCCUCCUUCCAGUUCUUCUUCGCACCCAGGGCCUCUCCCUCUCCCACAUUGGCCUCACCAGAGUCUUGUACCUGCCAUGGCUGCUGAAGGUCAUGUGGUCUCCACUGGUGGAUGGAUUGUGGAGCCGCCGGACGUGGCUUCUGCUCUGUACAGGAGGACUCUGUGCGUGUUGUCUCCUGUGCUCACUGCUGCCCCCUGGAACUGCUUUCACCUCUCUGGCCUGGCUCCUCCUGCUCAUGCACAUUCUGUCCUCCAUGCAGGACGUGGCUUUGGACGCAGUGACCGUGGCGGUCCUCACGCAGGAGCAGGUGGGGCUGGGCAACUCUCUCCAGGUUGUGGCCUACAAGCUGGGCUCAGUGCUGGCCGGAGGGGGUGCGCUCACCUUGCUGGAUAUAUUGGGAUGGAGGAUGGUCUUUCUGCUUCUUUCCGUUGGAUAUCUUCUGGCAACGUUGUGUGCUUGGUGGGCGAGAGCCCUCAAAGGGGAGGAGCCAGCAUCUCGAGAAAACUCCAAGGAGACAAGAAGAAAGUUGAGUCUGGGUAGCCUUGUAUCGAGUGUGUUCCGGGUUCCGGGGACGGGAUGGACCAUCAUCUAUGUUCUGAUCUACAAGCUGGGUGAGCAGGGCUCUCUCUCUAUGGUUCCCCUCCUACUCUUGGAUUACGGCGUGUCUCCUGCUGACCUCGGGAUAUGGAAUGGGAUCCUGGCACUGAUGGCGUCCAUUGUAGGCUCAACUCUCGGAGGAAUGGUGCUCGGCAAGGGCAGGUCCAUCAAGUCGUUGCUGGGGACGGUCCUGGGUUUGCGGCUCUCCUGCCUCGUCCUCCAGACGUCGCUCCUCUCAGCUCUCGGUACAGACACGGGUCUUGUGAAAGUGUGUCUUCUGCUCAGUGUGGUGGUUCAGCAUUUCCUGGCCGGAGUUGUCACCACCGUCACCUUCACUCUGAUGAUGCAUUGCACCCGCCAGGCCCGGCCCAACAUUCAGGCCGGUCAUUACAGCCUCCUGUCCUCCCUGGAGGUCCUGGGGAAGGUCUCCUUCAGCGCAGUGUCGGGGCUCCUGGUUGACUCUCUCGGAGUUCCCGUGUCGUUCUCGGUGUUCAUCGCUCUGUCCUGCCUUCCUCUCCUGCACCUCCUGAACCUCCCACCAUCCUUACCCCUCUGACCCCAGAGCUGACACUCUGCACCUCCUGAACCUUCCACCAUCCUUACCCCUCUGACCCCCGAGCUGACACUCUGCACCUCCUGAACCCCCCACCAACCUUACCCCUCUGACCCCAGAGCUGACACUCUGCACCUCCUGAACCUCCCACCAACCUUACCCCUCUGACCCCAGAGCUGACACUCUGCACCUCCUGAACCUCCCACCAACCUUACCCCUCUGACCCCAGAGCUGACACUCUGCACCUCCUGAACCUUCCACCAUCCUUACCCCUCUGACCCCAGAGCUGACACUCUGCACCUCCUGAACCUCUCACCAUCCUUACCCCUCUGACCCCAGAGCUGACACUCUGCACCUCCUGAACCCCCCACCAACCUUACCCCUCUGACCCCAGAGCUGACACUCUGCACCUCCUGAACCUCCCACCAACCUUACCCCUCUGACCCCAGAGCUGACACUCUGCACCUCCUGAACCUCCCACCAACCUUACCCCUCUGACCCCAGAGCUGACACUCUGCACCUCCUGAACCUCCCACCAUCCUUACCCCUCUGACCCCAGAGCUGACACUCUGCACCUCCUGAACCUCCCACCAUCCUUACCCCUCUGACCCCAGAGCUGACACUCUGCACCUCCUGAACCUCCCACCAUCCUUACCCCUCUGACCCCAGAGCUGACACUCUGCACCUCCUGAACCUCCCACCAUCCUUACCCCUCUGACCCCAGAGCUGACACUCUGCACCUC